AUGGCACACACUGUUGGGCACAAGAGUUCGGUAGUAAGGGUUUCUAUAUAUACAAAAACCAUCGGCGCCGUGAAAGCCGCGGGCGCUCUCCCUGACGGCAGGUACACGGCACUGCCUGUUAUCGACAAGCUGCUCAUAUCACCCGUCAUCCUCUACAUUCCAUUCUGGGACGAGAUGAGCCCCACCCACAUAGAUCGAUCAUGGAACUUGGACAUUGUGACGGUUAUCUGCUUUGGCCCGUCAUAA